AUGUCUACCCCAACGACUACCAAGCAGUACGUCCUUUCAAAGAUUGGGUCCUUGGACAACCUGACGAUCAAGGAAAGCUCGAUUAGGUCUCUGAAGUCUACCGAGGUGCUAGUUCAGGUACGAGCAGUGUCGCUAAACUACCGUGAUUUGGCUAUAGCAAAGGGGCUUUAUGGGGGUGAUAUGAUAAUGCAAGAGGACCUGGUGCCUUGCUCUGACUACAGCGGCGAAAUUGCUGUGGUCGGCGAAGACGCGCGGGGCAAGUGGACACCCGGAGAUCGAGUAUGCUGUAAUUUCGCUCAGAUGCACGUCGAUGGAAAUGCCGCGCCGGAAGCUAUGAGUGGUGGACCUGUUCACGGUGUAUUAUCCCAAUACGUUAUUUGUCCUGCUGAGGGCCUUGGGCGUAUUCCCGAUCAUCUCUCCUUCGAAGAGGCGUCGACUCUUCCCUGCGCUGCAUUGACGGCGUACAAUGCUCUCCUUGGUCCCAUUCCUGUCAAGGCCGGCGACUACGUCCUCAUUCGAGGAACAGGGGGAGUAUCCAUCUUCGGACUUCAAUUCGCCGUGGCAUCCGGUGCCACGGUCAUCGCGACCUCCUCCUCAGAUGAGAAGUUGAAGCUAGCUUCUAAACUCGGUGCGAAACACCUUAUCAACUACAAGACGACUCCAGAUUGGGAAGAGACCGUUAAGACAAUUACAAAUGGUCGUGGAGUUGACCAUGUGAUCGAAGUGGGCGGGCCUGGUACGUUGCUCAAGUCACUCCAGUCCAUCAAACAUUCUGGCUGGAUUCAUAUGAUCGGUUUCCUGGCUCAGGGGGAUGACACCAGCCUUGUUGGUCCCAUCAUCGGGAAAGCCGCCCAUUUGCGCGGUGUCUUGAUUGGUUCAGUAACACAAUUCAAUGACAUGCUUCGGCUGAUUUGUGCCCACGACCUCCGACCAGUCAUUGGCAAAGUAUUCUCGUUCGGCCAAACGCCCGAAGCGUUCAAAUACUUGGAGUCUCAGGCACAUGUUGGGAAAGUCGUUAUCAAAGUGGACUAA